CUCUCUCGUCCUCUCCUCUGUUUCGUAGCUUCUGCAGCAGAUCUCUCUUUGUCCUUCUCUCCUUCAGAUCACUAUGGCACAGCAGGAAGCUAGUCCUUCCCCUGGUGCUGAGGUUGUUGGUCGUGCCUUUGUGGAGCAAUACUAUCAUAUUCUUCACCAAUCUCCCGGUUUAGUUCAUCGGUUUUAUCAAGAUUCGAGCUUGUUAACCCGACCUGAUGUUACCGGUGCUGUGACUACUGUCACAACUAUGCAAGCGAUCAACGAUAAGAUUCUGUCGUUGAAAUACGAAGACUACACAGCUGAGAUAGAAACUGCGGAUGCUCAGGAGUCUCAUGAGAGAGGUGUUAUUGUGCUGGUUACAGGACGUUUAACUGGAAACGAUAAUGUGAGGAAGAAGUUCAGUCAAACUUUUUUCUUGGCUCCACAAGACAAGGGAUACUUUGUCUUAAACGACGUGUUUCGAUUCCUCGAGGAGAAAGAGGUGACGGCACAAGCCCGCUCUGUUCCCAUAAAUGGAACCACCAGGGAUGUUCAGGCUCCCGUGGAACCAGAACGUGUUAUUGUUACUCACGAGCCCGAGGUAGAACCCGAGCCAGUUGCUUCUAUCGAGGAAGAAGAUCUUGACAAUUUGGCGGAAGUGUAUGAUCCUUCUGAUAAAGAUGAAGGAGUUGUUGUUGACGUUGACCCUAUCGAACCUCCUACUCAAAUAAGUCAUAAUGAAAUUUUAUCAGUGUCUCAAGGAGAUGCUCCUAAGCAUUCUUAUGCUUCAAUCCUCAAGCAGAUGAAAAGCAGUCCAGCACCAACACACGUUGCUCGGAACAAGCCAAGACCAGCUCCACUCAACCAAAGGCCAACCGCUCCUCCUGCUAAGCCCGCAGCAGGACCCGAGGCGUCAGCUCAUGAGAGUGUUCCAAAUAGUAGCCAUGUUGAUGUGGAAGAUGAUGGUCACUCGAUAUAUGUUCGAAAUUUGCCGUUUGACUCCACACCAACACAACUUGAAGAGGUGUUCAAGAACUUUGGUGCAAUCAAGCAUGAGGGGAUUCAAGUCAGAAGCAAUAAGCAGCAAGGUUUCUGUUUUGGUUUUGUGGAAUUUGAAACAUCUAGCGGAAAGCAGAGUGCGCUUGAGGCCUCACCAGUUACAAUUGGAGAUCGUCAAGCUGUUGUAGAGGAGAAGAAAACAAAUAGUCGAGGAGGAGGCAACAAUGGAGGUAGUAGGGGGAGGUACUUUUCCGGAAGAGGAAGUUUCCGAAAUGAAAGCUUCAAAGGAGGACGCGGUGGUGGAGGAAGAGGAGGCUAUGGAAGAGGAGGAGGUGGAGGUGAGUUUUCUGGUAGACCAAAGAGCUCAAACCCACGAAAUGGAGGAGAAGGUUACCAAAGAGUUCCUCAAAACGGAGGAGGUGGAAGAGGAGGCCGCGGAGAAGGAGGUCGUGGUGGGUCUCGCGGUGGUGGUUCAUCUUGACUUUGCUUUUAACGGUGCCUCUACAAGAGAGUAGUUUUUAAUUUUUGUUUUGCAUCUUUCUUUUUGCCUACUACUUGCGUUGAGUUGAUGUGGUAUUGGCUUUUUUUGUCGGUUUAGUUUUUCAAUAUUCUUGCAUUUUUUUCCCUCGUUUUUGUUUUUCAUCCUUCAAUCUUUCUUUGGGUAAUGUGUACUCUUCAUAAACAUUCAAUUUCAUA